AGAGUCGCUCGAAAGCCCUAAACUUCUCAGCUUUGUUUUACGGGCUAGCUUCUUCUAUUUUAACUUAGAAUAUUCUCAAAAUGUUUUCUGUCAAACAACUAGUUGAAUCAGGUUGUCUCACUUCUGUUCCUCCCAAGUAUGUCUUCAAAAAUACAGAAUCUGAUGAUUGCAUGGUCACAGAACUAGAAGCAAUCCCCACCAUAGACUUCUCCCUUCUCACAUCCGGUAAUCCUGAUGAGCGGUCCAAAGUCAUCAAUGAACUCCGCAAUGCAUGCCAGGAGUGGGGAUUCUUCAUGGUAAUAAAUCAUGGAGUGCCAGAGACAUUGAGAAAGGAAAUGAUAAGGGCAACAAAAGAUUUCUUCGAUUUAGCAGGGGAGGAAAAGCAACAGUACACAGGGAAGAAGCUGUUUGAUCCGAUAAGGUGUGGAACGAGCUUCAAUCCGAAGGUGGAUAAGGUUCUUCUUUGGAGGGAUUACCUCAAGGUUCACGUUCAUCCCCAUUUCAGUGCUCCUAACAAGCCUUCUGGCUUCGGCAAGGUUCUAAAGGAAUACUGCAAAAGAACUCGAGAAAUGGCCAGUGAGCUGCUUAAAGGGAUCUCUGAAAGCCUAGGAUUGGAAGAAAGCUACAUAAAUGAGAAAAUGGCAGUAGAAUCUGCUGACUCCCAUCAGCUGCUUGUUGCAAAUAUGUACCCGCCUUGUCCACAGCCGGAGCUUUCGAUGGGUCUACCCCCCCACUCGGAUCAUGGACUCCUCACCAUCCUCAUGCAAAAUGAGCUUGCAGGCCUUCAAGUAAUGCACAAUGCCAAGUGGGUUCCCAUCAAUCCCCUGCCUAACUCUUUUCUUGUCAACACCGGAGAUCAUAUGGAGAUACUGACCAACGGGAAGUAUAAGAGCGUGGUGCAUAGAGCUGUGGUGAAUGACAAAGCAGCAAGGAUAUCGAUAGGGACAGCACAUGGACCUCCUCUUGACACAAUUGUAAGCCCCGCAGCAGAGCUGGUGACGAAUUUUGUCGGCCAAUUCUCCCCGGCAUAUCGCGGAAUCAAAUAUAAGGAGUAUUUGGAGCUUCAACAAAGUAAAAGUCUCAAUGGGAAAUCCUGCUUGGACCACCUCCGUCUUUGAAUAGGAUAUCCAUCCUAUUCAUUUAUAAGAACCUCAUUAUUGCUCAUGUAACAUCAUGAUGAUUGUUCCCAUCAAGAAAUAUGGAUGGAUGAUUGAAAUAACAACGCCGCUAAAAUUGAAAUUUGA